CGGCGGGUGUACGGUUUGGAUUUCGGGCGGGGGUUCGGGUUGUUGGAGGCGGCGGGGCUGCAGUUGUUCUGGCUCGGGGUCCAGCGAAGAGUGGGUCUGAUUCCCGGGCAGGCGCCAUGGCGACGGAGCUGGACAGUCGGUUCUUUGCGGACAACCUGCUGAGCAGCGAAGAUUGGGAUGCCUGUCUGUACAACUAUGAAACGAUGGAGGAGAUGGAUGAUUCUGUUGAUCUCUUUCACUGCUUUGACAGUGCCACAGAGUUUGAUUUGAAUAUGGAAAUUGGACUACCAUACUCCCCUUGGAAUCCAGUGAAUGAUGACAGCUGUACAGCAGAUCUGCAAGUUAAAUUGGAACCGCUGUCACCUGCAUCUUCUCGCUGUUCAGAUUCCUCACUUUCCUCCUCUUGUGACAUUCCCUUGAUACCACAGAUUCAUCAGAACCUAAACACAGAGACCACACUGCCAGUGGUGAAAACUGAGGACCCUCCCACACCACCAUGUACCUUUGGGGAUGUUCUCAACCCACCAGUGAAUGGCAUCGAGCUCAAUGUGGUAAAAACUGAGAAUGGGACCUCACCGGUGAAGCAAGGGCCAGCAAUACAAACCACCACAAGUAUCAAGGCCAACAGCAUCCUGUGCAGCAAACCGACCAUUCAGCCCAAACCAGUUGUCGUGACAAGGCUGCCCACUGCUCCGAGCACCAGCCCAGCGAAGACGAUCAUUCUUCAGUCAGUGCAAACCAGUCUUCCUGUGUCUAAGCCACAGAGCCUGCCAGUAAAGCAAACCAUUCCAGUGUCAAGGCAAUCGGUUGUCCUGUCCCAGUCAGACCUGGUGAGAAUUCCUGUGCAAGGACUAAUCAAGGUACCAGCAGCGAAUGGGACCAUCAAUGGGAUUGCUGCCAACUGCAAGCGGCCAACAGGCGUUGGCAACGGGAUUACCAUCAACAAACCUGCCACCAAACCAAUCGUACCAGCACCAACACAUACUGGAAGCAACUCUUCUGAGAUUGACAUAAAGCUGCUGAAGCGGCAGCAGCGGAUGAUCAAGAACCGGGAGUCAGCCUGCCAGUCCCGCAAGAAGAAGAAGGAAUACCUGCAGGGGCUGGAAAGCAAGCUGCGCGAGGCGCUCAGCGAGAACGAGAAGCUCAAACGGGAGAACUCGCUGCUGAAGAAGAAACUCGACAGCAUUGUGUCUGAGAAUACCGAAUUGAAGCUAGGAUCGGGUAAUCGGAAAGCAGCCUGUGUGAUGGCCUUCCUACUCUUCAUUGCAUUCACCUUUGGACCAGCCAGUAUAACAGAGAAGAAGACAGACCUCUUCCAGAAACAGCAAGAGGAUGCUUACGUGCAGCGGCACCUGCUGGCUUUCAAAGAGGAGCAGGCCACAGAGAGUGCAACACAGCAGGCAGCAAGAGAUUACAAGCAGCAGGACAAAUUCAGCAACAUUACCAUGGCCUACUCCGAGGUGAAGGACCUCGUGCUUCGUGACAUCGACCGCAUCCUCUUCCCCUCUUCAGAUUGCCGUCAGUUCAAUAAGACAGAGUCACUUAGGUUGGCCGAUGAGCUACGAGGCUGGGUGCACCGGCAUCAAAUUGACAGGACAAAAUCCAAUGAGAAACCAAAGCGUCAGAAGAAAUUUAAACAGGGCAUGCGGUCACAGCAGAGGAAAAUCAAUCUGCCUCGCUUUAUUCCUGUUCAGUCUGCAGACACGGACACAAGGUUAACCUCAAGUCAGCUGCAGGUGUACCAGAGCCCUGAGCAGAGUUACUAUGACUUCAUGGAUGCCAUUGACAGGAGGGAAGACACCUUCUACGUGGUUUCUUUCCGAAGGGACCACCUGCUGUUGCCAGCCAUCAGCCACAACAAGACCAACAGACCAAAGAUGUCCCUGGUCAUGCCAGCCAUGCCAGUGAAUGAGAGCCUGUACAACACCACGCAGGGCUAUGAGGUGAUGAUGCAGAUCGACUGUGAGGUGAUGGACACCAGAAUCAUCCAGAUCAAGAGCUCAUCUGUGCCGCCCUCCCUCCGCCAACCCCAGGACAACAGGACCAGCUCCUUCCACUCCCACAGUGGAGCCAGCAGGUCACCCAGCCCAGGUGGGCUUCAACCUCGCCCGCAAACCGUCACUGCGCCCAGCAGCAAGGACUCCCUGUACCUCUCUGCAGAAGUGGCAAUGUGGUCCCUGGGCUGAGAUUGAACAUGCUGCAUUUGAGGGACCUGCUCUAAAGGGGAGAGCUUGCAUAGCUGAUCUCUGAAGGAUGAAGAGAAGAGAAAUUAGCACAAUGGUGUCACUCUGAGCUGUAGAGUCACCACCAAGUCACGCAGACUACCUGUGUCACUAAAAUGGAAUCAUCAGUGAACAGGGUGCAGGUGUGAUACCAUGCCAGGUUGUUAACCGGCCUCUCUCUCUGUGUAUAUAAGCCUAAAGUUGUGAUUUUUUUAAAAAAAUUAUGUAAUUUAUUAUUUAACCAUGUUUCUUUGUGUGGAGUGUUCAGGCUUGGUUGACAGAGUUUAACGAUAGUCUGACCCAGAAGUGUGCCAAGUUCCUCUGCCUACAUUAGCCCUCCCCUCUGUACUGCACUUACCCUGCCCCCUUCUUCCCACAAACCAUUCCUCUCCCCUUUUGGUGAACUCCAGAGCCAGGCCCUGAAUGGAAAGUAUAUAUAGUAUUUUUGUUUGUGACUACAGCGGAAAAUAUUAGUUAAAAAUUCUUGUUGUGCCUGUUUAGUUGUCAGGCCUUAAUGUUGAAGGACCCUUGGCUGCCCUCACAUUGAUAUCACUGGGAAGUCAGUGAGCCUGGAAUGUUCUUCAGCUGUGUUGCGGCCCUGAUGUGUGUUGGGGAUAUUGCACCAGUGGAGUAUCUUGGCUAGCAACAGAAGGAAACCAUUUGGCACCUGAGCCCACUCACUCAUUCAGCUAGAUUGCACCUGCUCUGUAGCUCAUUUCUGUAACCGUG